AUGGCUCCGUCCAGAGGAUUUAACAUUCUGCUUCGGCAAGGAAUCUGGUUUCCACAGUGCCAUGCACGACGGUACUCCAAAUUCGUCCAAACAGCAACCAAUCCCUUCAAGAAAUCUAAAGUCUACAUAUCUCGAAGUCUGGACCCCUACCUCAAUCUCUCAAUCGAGCACUACCUUCUGCAGAAGACCCCCGAAGACUCCACAGUUCUGUUCCUUUACACAAACCGCCCCAGCGUGAUCAUCGGUCGAAAUCAGAAUCCAUGGACAGAAGUAAACCUAGGAGUUCUGCGGAAUUCGGAUCUAGGCGUCCAACUAGUGCGCCGCCGUUCUGGGGGAGGAACAGUCUUCCACGAUGAAGGGAACGUCAACUACAGUGUCAUCAUGCCUACACCCAGCUUUGAUCGAGACAAGCACGCAGAGAUGGUGGUCAGAGGAUUGCAGAGUCUCGGGGUGGGACAAGCUAGGGUGAACGAGAGACACGAUAUUGUUGUGGACAAGAUUAUUCCCGGUGGUGGAGAGAGGCCGUUCAAGAUUUCUGGGUCGGCGUACAAGCUUACGAGGCUGAGAUCUGUGCACCAUGGGACUUGCUUGCUCUCAAGUCCAAACAUAGGAUCUAUUUCAAAAUACCUGAGGGCUCCUGCAAAGCCUUACAUCAGGUCGAGAGGCGUCGAGAGUGUGAGCUCGAAGAUCACGAAUGUUGGCUUGGAGAAUGAUCGCUUUGAGCAGGCCAUCGUUGAGGAGUUUGGAAAAAUGUAUGGGGCUUUUGAUAUGACUAUGGUACAUGACGAGCUGAAAGAGGUUCCGGAGAUCAAGAAAGGGUUUGAGGAGCUGAUGUCCGAAGAUUGGAUAUACACCCAAACCCCACAGUUCGAGUUCUCGACAGACGGUCAAGAUGGUGGAGGAGGUUUAGCCGAAAAGCAACAAUGGGAAUGGCCGCCAGAGUUUCAGCUUAACUUCACUGCCAGAAAUGGCGGCAUCAAUGAGAUCUCGUUGAAGAACGGCGACAGAUAUCUUAUCACCGUGUCGUUGAAGGGGAAGAAGCUGCAUGAGAUCAAGUCCUGGCAGGACGCUCUCGCUGGCCCUUUCAACAAAGCGCAUAUGCCUUCUAGGGAUCGCUCGAAGUACCGUGCUCGGCUGGGAAGAGCUAUAGACGAACUUUUGGGAUCUGGCGGUUAUGACGCGAAUGCCUAUGUUCGGGACUGA